CUCUUUCAGUUGUCUAUGAGCUUUCAGCUGAACCUGGAAGCUGAGGCUGUGCCUGAAGUGUCUGAAAAAUAUGGAAUUAGUUCUGUUCCAACGUUCUUGUUCUUUAAGAAUUCCCAGAAGGUGGACAGGCUGGACGGGGCGCACGCGCCGGAGCUGACGCAGAAGGUGCAGCGGCACGCGGCCGGCGCUGCGCCCGCGCCCGGCCCCGCCGCCUCUGCCCAGGAGCAGCUCCAUGCCCGCCUCAAGAAGCUCAUCAACGCUGCCCCCUGCAUGCUCUUCAUGAAGGGUUCUCCCAAAGAACCCCGCUGUGGCUUCAGCCGGCAGCUGGUGGAGAUCCUGACCCGGCACGGCGUCGCCUUCAGCAGCUUCGACGUCUUCUCCGACGAGGAGGUGCGCCAGGGGCUCAAGGCCUUCUCCAGCUGGCCCACCUACCCGCAGCUCUACGUGGCCGGGGAGCUCGUCGGGGGCCUGGACAUCGUCAAGGAGCUCGAGGCGUCAGGAGAGCUGGACACCAUCUGCCCCAAGGCCCAGAAGCUGGAGGACAGGCUUAAAUCCUUGAUAAACAAAGCUCCCGUGAUGCUCUUUAUGAAGGGAAACAAACAGAUGGCAAAAUGCGGCUUCAGCAAGCAGAUCCUAGAAAUCAUGAAUAACACCGGUGUGGAUUACGAGACCUUUGACAUCCUGGAGGACGAGGAGGUGCGCCAGGGCCUGAAAUCCUUCUCCAACUGGCCCACGUACCCCCAGCUGUACGUCAAGGGGGAGCUGGUGGGAGGGCUGGACAUUGUCAAGGAGCUGAAGGAAAGUGGGGAAUUGCUGCCUGUGCUGAAGGGGGAGAAUUGACAGGGAGGACAUCGGUGGGAAGAGGAAAUCCCUGGAACAGCCUUCCAGCUGGAGAUUUCUCCUGGGGAAACAGCCAGCUGCAGCCCUGAGGAGCGUCAGGGGGGACAACAAACAGGAAAUAAAUCGAAAUAUUCUCCGUGUUUCACCUGCAUGGAAAGGGGUUUCACUGGAGAGCACAAAAAAGGUCAAUUAAAAUUCCGCCUCCCAGGA